AUGGUGCCUAACCCUGGAUAUGUUGCUCCUCCCCCUUCACUGUCGACUACAAAUGCCACACAACCUCCUUCUACACAGGGCAUAGGUGAGGGAUCCACUGUUGUCCUAGCUAAUGGUCUCCACGAGGUCACAAAUACCAUUAAGAAGAUGUUUGAUGCGUCUUACACAAGUUUUGUAAAGGUGCCUAAGGAUACAAAGAUGGAAUGGUUCAAAGACUGGAAGGAAAAGUCAUUGAAGAGACCACCUACACAUGGAGAGGUAUUCAAGGAGACACAUACUCGCAAAGGAGAUAAAACCUUGUGGGAUGACUAUGUUCAAAGGCUUGAGGAGACAUCUUCUCAGGAUCUAGAGUCAGUUGAUGAGGAUACUAUAUGGUCAGAGAUGCUGAAUAAGUUAACCAUCAAGAAUAAAUACACAUUGCCAUGGAUUCAUGACUUGAUGGACAAACUGAGAGAUGCUAAGGUGUUCUCUAAAAUUGACUUAAAAUCUGAAUAUCAUCAUAUUCGAGUUAGAAACGAGGAUAUUCCAAGGACAUCUUUUCAUACUCGGUAUGGUCAUUAUGAGUAUGUAUUGAUGCCUUUUGGAGUCACUAAUGCCACAGCUAUAUUCAUGGACUACAUGAAUCAGAUCUUUUGA